AUUCGCUGAUCUCCAAACGACCGGGAUACACUCACACUCGCCGUUACCGGACAUGCUCCUGACAGCGUCUGCAUCGCGGUCUAUGAAAGAGGCGGAGCAUGGCAGUACAGAUUCGGUGCUGGUCUCUUGGAAGACUGGAAUUAUCCAUGUCAGACUGUCAGUUUGUGAUUGUGCAGCCUAGUAAAGUGGCUAGUGCAGGCUACGUGACAACACGCGUCUUUCAGUCAGCACUGCAGUCUGUUGUUGUCUGACAAAAUAUGUCAGAUUUUGAGGAAUUCGAAAAACAGCUGAGCGAGAAUCGACAAGAGAGGGAGAAGGAGAGGCACAAGAAGAGGAGUGGUAGUGGUUCUCCGGGCCGAAGCGAGAAGCGUCGCAGCUGGAGCCGCAGCAGGGAGGAGAACAGCAGGAGCAGAGACAGGAGGAGCAGCGACAGGAGGAGCAGCGACAGGCGGAGCAGCGACAGGAGGAGCAGCGACGACAGGAGGAGCAGCGACAGGAGGAGCAGCGAGCGUAGCUCCUCACGAGACCACAAGAAGCACAGCUACUCUCCCAGGGGAACCAAGAAGAAACGGACCUGCAAGUACUGGGAUGUCCCUCCUCCCGGCUUUGAACACAUCACCCCCCUGCAAUACAAAGCUAUGCAAGCGGCGGGUCAGAUCCCCACCGUCGCCCUGCUGCCCCCCUCCACCCCCGCGGGCAUGGCCGUCACCCCCACACAGGUCCCCGUCGUGGGGAGCCAGAUGACCAGGCAGGCACGCCGGCUUUACGUUGGAAACAUCCCCUUUGGAGUGACCGAGGAGUCCAUGGCAGAGUUCUUCAACGCCCAGAUGCGCCUGGCUGGCUUAUCCCAAGCCCCCAGUAAUCCAGUGCUGGCUGUGCAGAUCAACCAGGACAAGAACUUUGCCUUCCUCGAGUUCCGGUCCGUGGAUGAGACCACCCAGGCCAUGGCGUUUGAUGGCAUCAUCUUCCAGGGCCAGUCUCUGAAGAUCCGGCGUCCACAUGACUACAGACCCCUGCCUGGGAUCUCCGAACAGCCAGCCUUCCACGUCCCAGGUGUGGUGUCCACAGUGGUUCCUGACUCCCCGCACAAACUGUUCAUCGGCGGCCUACCUAACUAUCUCAAUGAUGACCAGGUGAAGGAGCUGCUGACAUCCUUCGGGCCUCUCAAAGCCUUCAACCUGGUCAAGGACAGCGCCACGUCGCUGUCCAAGGGAUACGCCUUCUGUGAAUACGUCGACGUCAGCGCCACUGACCAGGCAGUAGCAGGUCUAAAUGGGAUGCAGCUGGGAGAUAAGAAGCUCAUCGUCCAGAGAGCCAGCGUGGGAGCCAAGAACUCCAACCCUGCAGCAGUCAUGGAGGUCCCGGUGACGCUGCAGGUGCCUGGGCUGCAGCAGCUGCAGACAUGGGGCGUGCCCACGGAGGUGCUGUGCCUGCUCAACAUGGUGAUGCCAGACGAGCUGGUGGAGGACCAGGACUACGAGGAGAUCCUGGAGGACGUCCGGGACGAGUGCUGCAAGUACGGCAGCGUGCGCUCCGUCCAGAUCCCCCGGCCCCUGGAGGGCGUGGACGUGCCGGGCUGCGGCAAGAUCUUUGUAGAGUACGUGUCUGCAGCUGACUGUCAGAAGGCCAUGCAGGCCCUCACAGGAAGGAAGUUCGCCAACAGAGUGGUGGUCACGAAAUACUACGACCCUGACAUGUACCAUCGACAUGAGUUCUGAUGCUACGCUGAUGCUAGGACAAAACGAGAGAGGGGAGAGAGAGAGAGAGAGAGAGAGAGAGA